CAAAACUUUACUUGUGAGAUCUUUGAACUUUUACCCACUGCAGUAUUUUCUGCAUUCAUAUUCUGAUAGCUACCCAAUCUCACGUCUACGUUUUUACUGGCAGCUUUUGUUGGUGGUGUGCAUCUCAGACAAGGAGGCCCAUCUUCUCCAUUCAUAGACAAGUAGCUCCACCUUCUGUUACUUAAUCCACACUGCACAUACAGUAUGACUGUAGCAUCAGAUUUAAUACUCCUCUCAUUUUAAACACCCAAGCAUAUAUGUUCACUGCUUUCACUGCUUGUUUAGAUAGUAAAAUUAGGGUUUAGCAAUGUCAUAAUUUAAAACUGAAGUUUCUACACCUGAUAUUUUGUCAUCAUAAAAGGUCCUGGUAAAAGAAAAAUACAUUCAAGACUAUUGCGCAUUUACCCUUUAAAGGGUAAUAUAAUAAUCACGUUCAUAAUUAAAAUAAAACAAAAACAUUUUAACUGUUUGAAUAUUGUUUCUUGUGAAACACUGACAUGAGUCCUAGUUUUCUUCCCUAUGAUCUGAGUAUAUAUUCCCCUUAUCCACCUCUGGAGUGGCUGUAGCCGAGGUGGCAGAGCUGAUCACGUAUCACUCAGAAGCUCGGUGAUUCAGUCUCUGCGUGCGCCAGUCUGCAUGCCGAAGGAGUGUGUGAAUGUUAGGUAGAAAAAGCAUAGAGGGGGGGAAAGUGUUUGUGUGAAUGAAGCAAGUUGUGUAGAGAAGUGCUAUAUAAAAAACAGUUUUUAUUAUGAUUACAUUCUAGUUUUCACUGUUUAGUUUCCUAGUUUAGUAUUUCCACUGUUUCCUAGUUUAUUCAUGUUUCUACUUCUCAGUUCCUUGUUUCAUUUGGUUCCCUUUCAUGUCCAGACUCGUCUCAUCCCUGUGUCCUCCCUAAUGUCCCAUGCAUGCAGGCAGUCUCGUCUCCUCUUUCUGUCUGUGUGUUGAGUUCUAUACUUUCCAUCGUAUUUUGCCAGUCCCUCAUCUCGUGUUUCUUGUAGUUGUCUUUGGCCUCGGUCUUUCUGUGUCCAAGUUAUAUAGUUAUUUCCUAUCCUGCUUCUUUUGUCUCCUCUUUGUCAGGUUCAUGUGUCUUUGUCUCUGUCUCACUGUUUAUGCUUCCUCUUUUAUUUUGAUAGCCUGUCUCUCUUGUGCGUUCAGUUUUGCUUCUCCUUUUUCAUUACUCCUGAUUUGUCUCUGCUGUUACCGCAGCUGUCUCUACUUCCCUAAUCACACUCUUGUAUGUAGAUAAUUUCUCAGUCUCCCUUUGUGUCUUGUCAGAGUGUCGGGUCACCGUCCAUCUGCAGGUCCCAGUUAUUGUGUUUUCCAGCCUUAGCCCUAUUUUAAGUUCCAGUCAGUUUCUGUUUCACUUGUUAUUGUAUCCUAAUCUUCAGCUGGAACAAAGGCUUAUGUUUCUCUUUCUAAAAUUAGGAGGCACAGUUCCUUAUAGAGCAUCAGCAAGGAUCAGUGUCAGUGCAGAGUCAUGGCAUAUGUACAGUAUAUUUCUGCAAAUAUAGUCUCAUUUUUCUCAUCUGUACCAGUUAUGAUUAAAUCAGUUUUUCCUGGCGGCUCAACACACAGAAGGAAUCGGUUGUUUAACUAGCACAGCAACAACUGACACAUCUGAGAGAGAAAAAUUGGGCGGGGAUAUCUGUUCUGUCUGCAUCAGUGUUCAUUUUCUGCUGUCACCCUUUGGUAUUUCUGCCACUUAGAAAAAAGUAAACAGCGGGUGCAGUCUGUCAGCACUGUUUGGUACUUAUCUCUGAUUAGGAUUAAUGGAUUUUUGAUUGCGUGCCUCAUUCUAGCCGAUCAGUUUUUAGUGUUGUGUCUCUAGUGGCUUGUAGGGUGACAAAUGUAGAUGCAGCAAGGGCCAAAAUAGAGUUCUGUGUUGGCCCACACACUCUGAGGAAAAUAAAUCACAUGUGAGAGCAGUUGUAUCAACAACACAGCUAGCCUGCUUCAAUAAGGAAAGAUGGAUGAUGCUUUUUAAGUGUGUGUGCGUGUUGGAGGGGCUUCUUUUAAGAGGAGGACAGUGGGUUGCUUCUUGAUUAAAGUGUCAUGUGAUUCACUGACAUCAAUUCCAGAGAAAUAACAGAGCCCAUUUACCUCCCUCCUUUCCCCCUUCAUGCUGUGUGACACACAUAUCAAGGCCAGACUGGGAGUGUGUGCCCCUGGGAAAGGCAUGAACUCAUUCCAUGCUGACAAUUUAGAGAUUAGAUUUAGAUUUAAUGAACCUGAUGGAAAACACACAGGGCUAAUUUUAUUGACACAUCCAAACACACAAGCUGGAAAUGAAAAGUAAGAUUUUUAAUUAAACAAGCGGUCACACCCUGAUUUAAUAUGGAUGAUCUGAAAGGGAAUUAGCAGAAGGUUUUGCACAUGGAACAUCGUAGUGUUAGUCCUUGCUACUGCCAUUUGAUUGCUUGUAGAUUUCCACAAACAUGAUUAAAAGCCAAAUAAAAACGGUAAAUGACAUUAAGAUUUUCCGAGGGGAAAUCCUACCUUAUUUAGUUUUAUAUUUCGUCAUUUUGAACAUGGAGAGAUCAAAAUAUCAUAUUAAAACGUUUGGUUAUCGUUCAAAAAAAAAUCUCUUUACAAUACAAAUGAGCAGCGACUACGUUAAAAUUACUAAUAUUUUAUGACUGGAUGACUUUACAUUAGUAAUAACACAAUCAAAAUAAACUAUUUUUGUAAGUGUAAGAACAGACUGUUUACCUUGCAUCUGCACUCCAGUUUUACUGUUAACAUUUGUUAACAUAGGAACUUUUACUUACAGAGAAACAUAAAUGUUUGUGUUGACAGUUACGGUAAGAGUGAAUUAAGAGGCCUCAUCUUUUGCCUGAAGAAAUCCAGAAAUUUCAUUUGAAAUACAGUCACUAGAUUUAAAGGGAAGGGCUCACCAACCCCACCCCACCGUUCAGCCGAGCCAAGAAAAUGGUUCAGUCCUGCCUUCUACACGAGGUCCCACUCUGACGCUGAUAAUAUGGACUGGGGGGGAAUUCAUUUAUUAAAAACUACUGGUUUAACUACACAUAUCCAGGAGAUACAUUUAAUAUUACAUCAGAGUACAGAAAGACACCAAAAAAAUAAUUUGGCUUGAUUUGACUGUGUUAAAACAUUUUUGAUGGGCUUUUGGUGUCGAAAAGAAAUCAGUAGUGAAACUCGUUACCGUCGUAGUCGUUAUUACCAAAGUUGUACUGUGUCCAUAGCACAUCUGUGGCCAGAUUAAUUGUGUAAAGUGGACUAGUGUCACAAGAGGGAAAAGGCAGAUUUCCCCGGGAUUGGCACACCAGAUUAUUUCGAGCAUCAGAGUGAGACAUCCUCUCUUUGAUACACGAUCUUCGGUUUCAGUCCGCGUUGCCUCGUUGUCUCGUUUUGAAAGCACCCGGACGAUUGACAGCCUCCGCUGAUGAAGUGGACACAGCUGAACGGGGACGCAGACGGGAGCCGGUAAACCUUGGAACAUCCAAAUCGCUGACUAAGGAAGGAAAUCGCGUUUUGUUUCCGUGUUCGUUUCCGGUUGUUACCUGGCAGCAGCUGCGGCAGAGAGAUGCUGUCAUAUAAAGAGACGUCAUUGAUUUCAAAGGCAGAAAAAAGCCGCUGUUGUGACACACUUAACGGGAUCGUUCAGGUGGAAACGGCAGGGUUGAAAUUCAGCGCAGGAGUGAGAUUUGAGUAGACGUCUGUGCUUCCCCACCAAGGAAGUGAAACCCAUGACAGAGAAGAUUCAUUCACAUCCGCUCCGAGGGGAAAUGUCUUUGGCUGAAUUAAAGGCGCUGAUCACGUUGCUCAGACGUACCAGCCCGAUCGAAAGGUUUGAGUAAUCAGGGAAACUGCUGCUGCAGUGUGUUUGUCUCCAUUAACGGGCCUACUUUUAUUUGAUCUGACAAAACAGAUAAAUAAACUGUCUGAAUAGACUGCCACCUCUUUGUUUUCCUGCAGUAUCAUAAAACAUUUCUGCCCAAGAUUCACUUUGGUUCAGAUUUGACUCUGGACUCUGAAUUCAUCUUCCUCCUUUAUCCAUUUAAUGGAUAACUUGGAAAAACACCAAAUGAUAGUAGUUCGGGAGAGAAGCAUCAUCUUUUAUCCAGCCCUGCAAUGAAAUUCUUUCAUGCAUCAAAAGGAAGUGACUUUUAAAGCUCUCUUGUAUUAUCCGUUCGCCACGUGUUGUGAUGCUAGAUGUGGUAAAGAUGAAGGAGACUUGCAGGAUCUGUGCCCGUGAGCUCUGUGGCAACCAGCGCAGAUGGAUUUUCCACCCAACAGCCAAGCUCAAUCUGCAGGUGCUGCUCUCCCACGCGUUGGGCCGUGAGCUGACCCGGGAUGGCCGUGGUGAGUUUGCGUGCUCAAAGUGCACCUUCAUGUUAGACCGCAUGUACCGCUUUGAUACAGUGAUUGCCCGAGUGGAGGCAUUGUCUCUGGAGCGUCUCCACAAGCUACUCCUCGAGAAAGACCGGCUGAGGCAGUGUAUUGGAGGCCUGUACCGGAAGAACAACUCAGAGGAGUGCAGCGUGGUCCCCCCUCCAUCCAGUGUCAGAGUCGUGACUGAGACGGCGUCUGAAGACGCUCCUGUGGUGGAUCUGUCAUCACUCCAGGAUGUAAGAUACUCAGACAUGAUCCAGGACGAUCUUACCUUCUCCGUGUAUGAGUCAUGGGCUGAUAAGGAAUACCCUGCCCUGGACCAUCAUCAUCACCACCACCACCACCACCUCCACCAGUGCACAGGAGCAGACUCCCUCUCUGGUCACAAGCAGAGGCGAUGUAGGGGUUGUGCUGCACUUCGAGUUGCUGAUUCUGAUUAUGAGGCUGUAUGUAAGGUUCCUAGAAGGCUCGGGCGCAGAAGCACAUCCUGCGGCCCAACUACCCGCUGCUCAACAGCCACACAGGAAGUGGAGUUUGUGGCCAGAAGCCCUGGAGCUGAUACAGCCAUCACCUUUGAGUCACCUUCUGCUGGGAUGGAACCUGAAAAGACCAUUUGUGAGCAGAAGAGUUCCAGUCCUGCAUCAUCUGUGGAGUCUCUCAACACCACUGUGGACGUCAGUUGUCUUCCUUUAGAUCAUAAAGAGAAGGAAGAAACUGACCCAGAGAAAGAUGGAAGUGAGGCAAUGGUGAGAAGAGACAUUCAGUGGGACAAGACCCCAUGUGAGAGCUUCCUGUCUGGGUUUGAGAUGAUGCUGACCCUCUUGCGGGGUUGUGAGCACCGGCCAGUGAAAUCCCGAAGGGGCAGCAAGAUCCCAGUUCUAGUCAAAACCAAACCGGAGCGAGGACUGUCACUGCCCCUGCACCUAUCACUGAGGUUGCCCUAUACAGAGACAGCAGACUGUGAGCUGCACACCCACCACAGUAUACCAGAGAUCGUGACCCCAUGUCCCCAACAGGAGCUCCAGGCUGAGCUGGAAGAGAUGGAGGAGCAGUGGAUGGAUGAUUAUGUUCUGUGUGGGCCAUUUCAGUUUCAGCAGCGAUUGAUUGACAAUCAGCAGGGUCAGCUCAGUUAUUAUGAGAGUGCUGCAGGUCAGUGUGUUGGCGAGCUGCAGAAGGCCCAGGAUCAGGUGCGCUCACUACAGGCCAAGAUCAGAGAGAGCGAGACGAGGAACCAGAAGCUGCAGGAGCGUCUAGGUGAAAUGGAGCUUGAGCUGCGAUCGGCCCAAGAGGAUGCCCAGCAACAGGAGAGAAAUAUCCAGAACCUCACUGAUACUGUAAACUCCAAACAGGCAGAGGUUGCAGAGCUGUACAGGGUGAUUGAGGAGCAAAAUAAGACACUGUGCUCACUCAAAGAGCUUGCCAACCGCAACCAGCUGCAGCAGCUGCAGGCGUCUGGUGCAGAGACUAUUAGAGGUCAGGGUGAGGUCCUGGCUCUGCAGGCCUCUCUGUUCCAAGCUCAACUGGAGCUGCAGGCUGGACAGAGGGCCCAGUGUCAGGCAGUUAGGACUCAGGAGGACCUGAACCGGGCCCUGGAGAGACUAGAGAAAGAGCUGCAGGGGUCGCUGGAACACAAGAGGGAGGCAGAGAGACACAACCAGGAGCUGCAGCUAGCUCUAGAAAAGGCUCGAUCAGCUCUCCAGGAGAGAGAGGAGCAACUGAGAGGGGGUGAGCGAGAGAGACAGAGAGAAAAGGAGGAGAGAGAGAAGAUCAUCAGCGAGCUGAAGGCUUCCCUGAAGACCAAAGAACAGCUGGUGGAGCAGGACUGCUGUGAGUUCCUGGAGGAUCCAACGGAGAAAAGAGACUCUGUGCUUCAGAAACUUCGCCAGCGUAUAAAGGAGCGAGACAGAGCUCUGGAGAAAAUAGUGGAUGAGAAGUUCCGCUGCAUGGAGGAGAAAGACGAGGAGACUCGUCGCCUGCAGCUGCUGCUCAGAGAAAAGGAGAGAGAUCUAGAGAGACAGCGCUGCGUCCUGGCCAGCAAUGAGGAGACCAUCACUAGCCUGGAAGUACUGCUGCGGGGUAAGGCUCUGGAGCUGGAGCAGGUGUGUGAUGCCUGGAGGAACGUCCAGAGGCAGCAGCAGGAGAGUGAGGAGAGGCAGAGCUGCAUCCUGAGAGAGAGAGAUGCCAUCAUCAACCAGCUGCAGAAGGCACUGCACACUUGCACACAGGAGGCUCAGGAUCUGCGCUGCUCCUUGCUGGCUCAGAUCCAGUCUGCUCCAGGUGAUGUUCUGGAAGAGCUUAAGGUCCGGCUCCACCUCAAAGACCGCCUCUUCCAGGAAGUACUGGCUGACCGGACCCAUCAAGCUCAGGAGCACCAGAAGGAAGUUCAGGAUCUCCUCAGAAGCAUCAACAGCAGAGACCAGUAUAUUAAGGACUCUGCAGUCCGCCUGAGUGAGGUCAUAACUGAGCAAAAGUCAAGACUCCAGGAACUUCGCAAACAGCUGAGCUCAGGUUUUGGAUCACAGCCUGACUUUGGAGCAGACUUGGCUUUGGAGCUUCAGGCAGUGCAGGAGGAGCUUUUUCUGGCUCUAAGGAGGGAGAAGGAGAGUCAAGAACUUACCAGGAGUCAGACUGCAAGGCUAGACUCCCUCAACAGGACUCUGCAUGUGAAGGAGGAGAUCAUCAGGGAUUUUCAGAGGCAGAUGGUGGAUCCUUCAGGCCUCCCUCUGGUGGAAAGACUGACCCAGGAGGUCCAGGAGCUGCGGGAGAGACUGGGUCAGGAGGAUAACCCCCCAAUGAGAGGCCCUGUCCUAGGCCGUGACCGGCCUAACAGCAGGCAGCCUGACUUUGGAGAGCUGAGCGCUGAGGAUGAUGUUGAGGCUGAUGAUUUGAACACUGAAUACACUGAAAGCAUCGACGAAGAAGAGACCGACACCAAGAGUUCUGAAGGUCCAGAGAAGAAUCUGUCCCACAGCAUGCUGCUUGAAAGUCAGGGGCUAAUCAAAGUCAAGCAGCUGGUGGAGCAGAAGAGGCUGGUUGAGAGAGAGCUGGGAGAGCUGAAGGCUCAGCUGGAGAAAGCAGGAUUCUCUUCAGUAUCACAGAUGAGGAAAGCUCUGUUCAGCUUGCAGGUAGAGAAUGAAGAAGUAAAGCGUCAUCUGAAUGGAGGGUUGGAGUGUGCCAGUGAACAGAGUGAUGAGCAAAAUGCACUGGAUGGUGAAGACAAGGAUGAAAAUGAGUUGGAUGUGACCAUAGAAGAAGAGGAGGAGGAGGAAAACUCUGAACUGUGGGAAGCCUGGGAAGGAGAGCUUUGCCUGUCCCAGGCCAAGAGCCAGAGCAAUGAUGAACAAAGGAAAAGGAGAGCCAGCAGACAUCAGACGUUGCCACUGGACUCUAAAUCGUCACAGUACAAUGACCUGGGUGGCGAGCUGUUCGCAGAUUCACAACAGGCCACUGCGUCCUCUGCAGUUUGUGAGAAGGCAGUUCAUCUGCAGCAGAAAAGCAAAGAGCUGCAGGAGAGGCUAAUGGUUUCUGAGGCCACAGUGCAGGCUCAGGCCGAGCAGCUCAAAGACUACAGGGACUUGCUCACAGAGACAGCAGUGCAGCAGGACAGUAAACAGAUCCAGGUAGACCUCCAGGAUCUGGGCUAUGAGACCUGCGGCCGCAGUGAAAAUGAAGCUGAGAGAGAAGAAACCAGCAGCCCCGAGUUUGAUGACCUAGAAAUGUGUACGUCUCUGGAAUGCGGUUCCCAAUGGUGGCCUGCCAGCAGCAAUGACAAAACCACCACCCAGAGCUGCAGUUAUGGUAACGAGGCCUCCUCUCUCCAGCACCUUGUUAAGGACCUCCGCUCACAGCUAUCCCGCUCCCAGGGAGUGAUCUCCGGGCUCCAGAGCCGCCUCCGUUCCCUCUCUACCUCUAGUGAAUAUGGUCCUUCGAUACCCCACAAGGUCAACUGGUCCAUCCAGACAUCAGCUUCACAGAGCCAGGCAGAGGAUAAUGAGGGCUGGCAGUCAUCUAAGGGAGGUCAACUACGUUCACCCCAUCACCCAGACAAGGACCUAGAGAGGCUUGCGUCUCGUGUGGAUGCACUGGAGGACCAGCUGAUGAAAGGUGGAAAGAAGGCUGCGGCAGAGGAUGGAGUGUCUGCCACCUUGCCAGGAAAAUUCGACACUCUGAUCCAGGCUCAGGCCAAAGAACUGUCUCACCUCCGCCAGAGGCUACGAGAGGGUCAGGGUGUGUGCAGCAUCCUCACCCAGCACCUGGGAGACACAACCAAGGCGUUUGAGGAGCUGCUGAGAGCCAACGACAUCGACUACUACAUGGGCCAGAGCUUCAGGGAUCAGUUAGCUCAGAGCAGUGCUCUGGCACAGAGAGUUAAUGCCAAAUUUGGUGGAAGAGAUUGUUCCGAAAACCCAGAUAAGACAGAGCUACUUGCCAUCCGCCUCAGUAAAGAGCUGCAGCAGAAGGACAAGGUCAUUGAGUCUCUCCGUGCCAGACUAAACCAGCAUCAGCAGCACCAUCAUCCUCAUCGUUCUGACACACCCUGCAGCGGUCAUGCCCUCUCUGAUACCACCGACCAAUCAGAUCGCAUCUCUUAUGUGUCCGAUGAGCAUGGAUCCACAAUUGAGGACCUGGAGUUGAGCUCUGAUGUUGAUGCUGCAAGUGAGCUUGGUCAGGAUGAAUCACAGAUUUCUGCCAAAGUGAGCACAGAUUGUCACCAUGGAACAGUGUCACGCCAUCCAUCUAUCCCUCCAUCUAUCACCUCAUCUCACAGAACCCAGUCCUGUCAUAGCUGCUCCAGCAUGCAAUCCACCAGCUCCCAACACACAGGCAUGCAGAGUCAGACAGCUCCUGUCUCAGUUUUCAGCCCUACUUCCUUUCACACUUCCCCCACUUCCUCCACCCAGAAGACACGCUUGCCCUUCCAUCCUCGCCCUUCCAACCUGCGAACCCGUUGCCAAAGCAGUGGGGGUAUGGGUUUCUCCCUGACCGAGGUGCACCAGGAGCUGCAGAUGUUACAAAGGCAGCUGGCAGACAAAGGCAGGUUUUCUACUCCUCAAGCCAAACCGCUUCAGGGUUUCCCAUUUGUCUACCAGCAGCCGGACUCCUUUGACUUACUGCCUCUCUCCUACCAAGGAUUCCAACCUUCUCCUUUCAGCAGUGCUGCUAGCAACAGUAGUCUGGAUGCCAGCUUGACAAUGAAAGCUGGGGCUAGCCUCCUGGAAAGCAGUGCAUUGUGGGAUGUGAGCUAUGGAAAUCGAGCAGUGAGAACUGGAGCUGACCUGUCAUCAGGAUCCUCGGGGUACCAGUCAGGCAACAGUCACACAGGUUCAGACCUGAUGAAGGAGCACUUGAGGGAAAUCAGGAGUCUGAGGCAGAGACUGGAGGACUCCAUCCACACCAACGACCGUCUCCGACAACAGCUGGAGGAGAAACUGGCCCGAACCACCACUGAGAAAGGUGCUCCUACCAAUAUUUACAUCCAGGGACUGGAAUCAGUCAACCAGCUUGCCAGUGAGAUUAGACUUCUAAAAGAGGAAAAUGUUAGUCUACAAAAUCAGCUGAAGCAGGUUACCAAAGAGAGCACUAAGGAGGCAGAGCAGCUGAGGGAGGUGGCGCUCCAGGAGCGUUCCAGGGUGAAGGAGGUGGAGCUAGAGGCUGAGAAGUGGGCAGAGCAAACCAGGAAGCUCCAAACUGAGGCUGAAGCUCAGAGUCAGGAGAUGUUACACCUGAAACAAGACAGACUGAGGAACCAGGAAACCGUCAACAGGCUCCAGCAUGAGUUGACUGUUCUCCGGCAGCAGCUUUGUGAGAGCCGCAGUUUGGUCCAUUCUCUUCAGUGUGAGCUGCAGGUGUAUCGCAAAAAGGGGAGAGUCACCACAAAUGCGCCCACUGGUCAAGGCAGUGACAGCACAACAGUCUUUGAUCCCAAAGACCUGCACAUUCAGCUGGAGCAGCAGCUGAGCAGAGAAGCUGACACGCAGCCUCAAGCCAGGAGGCAGCUCUUCAGCGAUAGCGUUCCCUCUCCACCUGUGAGAGACACUGGACUUUUCAGUCCUUCCUCUCCUUUGCAUGCUAUGCAGAAACACACAGAAGAAACUGGAGCAACUGAUCAGGCAGGCUCAACCCUGCAUGGACAUCGCACAGAUGGCUGUUUUUAUAACUGUCAUGGCCGCCAUGCAGUGGGCCACAUUGAUGACUUCAAAGUUCUGCAGCAGCACAUCCUCCAGGGAAGUGCGCUCCUCCUUAAGAUGGAGACUGCUCUUUAUUCUCUGAGCACCUCACAGGAGUUCUCCUUUCAUCAGCUUUCAGACUGGGGUUCUGUUCAGAAGCUGCUGCUGGACACUAAAACUCUGCGGCAGAUACUGGAUGAGGCUGAGUCUCUGCUUCGCGUGUUCUGGAGAGCAGCUCUGCCCAAAUCUGAGGAAGUCCAACAGGAUCAGUCUCUGAGGGAGGAGGUCCUUUCUCUCCGUCUGAAGCUCUCAGAGCAAGAACAGGCUCUAAAGGACACAAUGGAGAGAGUCAAGAGCUCCAGCGGCACCAAAGAUAGCAUGGAGCACUUUAUAGUCAGCCAAUUGUUGAGAACACGCGAUGUCUUGAGAAAAGCCAAGACCAACUUACAGGAGAAUGAACUCAGGAUUUCUUCCCUGCACCAAGCUCCUUUUCCCAUUCCUCCUUCUCCUCCCCUACUCCUCUCCUCCUCUUAUUCUUCCUCAUCCUCAUCCUCACAACUCUGGCCUGGUAAAGGUGAAAUCUCAGGCGGACGCUUCUGUGAGCUCAACAUGUCUCCUGGUCGGAGUGUCAUGAAGCCCCAAACUUCACCCUGUAGCUCUUCCUCCUCUCCUGCCCAGGGAUGGACUCACCACCAGCUCCCCCUGCAGGAAGUCUUCCUGUAGCUCAGAGUUCAUCAUCACUGCCAUCUCCGGCUGUGUUAUUGUAUUAUUUGUAUCAAUGGUAUAAUUUGUGCAGAUGUUUGCAGGAUUUUCCUGGAGGGAACUCAAAGGUUUUUUUGUUCAUAUGAGAUAAGUCUCAGUUUGGCUGAAGCUUGUUUAUGAUUCAUAGCGUCUGUCUGAUGCGGUCUUUUUGCAUUAUUACUAUUAAACCAAAUUUAAAUAAGAAUAGAACUAAAUUGAAAACGGUUUGAAAACUUUUAGAUUCAUCAGCAAAUUAAUCAGCAAUUUCUGGAGGAUGCCCUUGACUCACAGUUUAAAAGUGACAAAUCAGGAAGGAGCUUCACCUUUGUUACUUCAGCAGGGAUUUUAAAAUGCAAAAAAUGUGUUUAAUGCCAGCAGGAAAAGGGAGAGUUAAAGAGCAAAAUCCAAAGUGCUUCCUCUUAGCCUCUGUUGAGGCUCAUGUUUGUAGUCAGUGUGUAGAAUUACAUGCAUGUGGUGUGAGCGUUGUGAUAAAACAAAGCCAUACUCCCCAGAGGUAGUUAUGUUUUAGUUUUGUCCUAAUAUCCCAAUGAAAAAAGAACAUAGAACCAUCAAAAGACAUGCAGUCGGUCGUGUAGCUGGUAGAUGAUGUUCUUACUUUCAAGUAACACAGCAGCUUAGUGUCACUGAUUCACCGUUCACCCUCCAACUUCACUUUUUCUGUUAGACAUGGAAACAAUCUUUCCUUUGUCUUUAGAUAAUUUAAAAUGGGGGAAUGGCAUCAUCAACUUGCAGGCUUGAUAAACCUUGUAAAAAAGAUACUUGUGAGAUACAUUUUAAUAAAUGGUCCAGAAAGGAUGACAGUUCAUUUUUGUAACGAUUAAAAAAAAACAAAAAACCAUAGCAUCUCUUUUUUUCUUCUUCGUCAACUUCUUUUGUU